CACUAGCCAAAAUAGUGUGACCGCAUCUCGCUGACGUGUUUCCAACAACAAUCAACUAAACACGAAACGGUGUUUCCACUGAAACACCCACAAUCUGCGCGCCCGUACGCGUUGCAAUAUAGUUUUCAAAGUAAGCCAUGCCCGGAUAAUCAUCCGUAACCACCAGGCAGGAUCAGGAUCCAGUCCGCCAACUAAUUGAGAAAUCGCCAAUCGGCCGCUUACUCCGACUCCGGAUCCAGGCCAGAUCAUCUAGGUUUUGACUGGGAAACCUCUGACUUUAGCUUCGUUUCAGGCCCUGAAUGAAAACGAGCACCGGCCCUUACAUAGGAAACAAGCAUAGGAGUAGCUAGUAGGUAGUUAGGCUACCCGGGAUCUCACCCACACUCGUCGUUGGCCGCCAAGCGAGGAUAACCAGAAAGCCGUAACCGUAGCCAUGGCGCAGCUAACCAUGAUAGCCCGGGUCAUCGAUGGCCUACCCCUUGUGGGCACCAUGCAGGAUGACGAGCAGAGCGGGCGCAGUAUACUGGAUUACCAGAACCAGGCCAAGAUGCUCUUCCGCAAACUGGGCACUCAUUCGCCAGCUCGCAGUAGCAUCGAGACCGGACCCUAUCUAUUCCAUUACCUUAUCGAGAACGAUGUCUGCUAUCUGGUGAUGGUGGACAAGAUGUACUCCAAGCGACUGGCCUUCAACUACUUGGAGGAUCUGGCCCAGGAGUUCCACACCAACUACGGCAGAAGGGUCAACUCGGUGACCAGACCGUACGCCUUCAUCGAGUUCGAUGUGUACAUACAGAAGGCCAAGAAGCAGCUGACCGACCGCAGGCGCAACAUCAGCAGCAUUAAUACCCAGCUCCAGGAUGUCCAGCGCAUCAUGGUCCAAAACAUAGACGAUGUACUUCAACGUGGCACCGUGCUAGCAGAACUCGACACAAAAACCCAGAACCUAUCGAUGAUGUCGCAGAAAUACAAGAAGGACGCCAAGAUGCUCAACCGGAAGUCGAUGUACGUGAAGGCCGCUGCCGGGGCUGCUAUAUUCAUAGUGUUCGUUCUAUACUUUUGGGUUCUGUAAUACCAGCUAGUACGGUGUUAAGUACGGCGUUUUAUACGACCUUUUUUUUAACGACUUACGUCGGCUGUCGGACGUCAUAGACGGACGGCAAAAAGACUUUCAUAGAGUUACGCGUUCACCUGUACCCUCUCCUACCUGGCAAGACCCCCACUCUGCCCCCACACACACCGCAUAUAUAUAUAUAUAUAUAGAUAUAUUUCAUAGAAAGAGUAGCCAAAACCCAGCCAGUCAUUGAAAAUGGGGCGAAAAAUAACGAAAAACGAAACAAUUUCCGACACGGGCGCCGCUUUCGAGGCUUAUUUACCUUCUAAUUUAAGUCUAUUUUUUCCACCUAACGAUUGUUAUAUAUAUUUUUUCUUCGAUUCCAUUAACUAUUAACUAGGUGCCCCAUGCCCCAUGCCCCAAAAUGCCACCACCUCUCUCCUCUUCCUCCUCAUCGUCAACGUGGAAUAACCCCCUUAUUUGCGCAAGUUUUUCUUGCAUUAUUAUUAUUAUUUCUUUGAUUACGUUGCGAUUAUAUUUGUUUUUGGGAGCUAAACUAAAUUGAAAAAAUUUUUAAAUUCAAAAAUGCGUGUGUGUGUGUCCAUGUCUCUAUUGUCCAAUGUCUAGAUUAGUGUGUCACUGCUGUGCCAGUUGUUUAAACUGAGGCAACACUGUACAGCGAUCGGUCGAGGGUGAUUGAAAACCGGAAAAUUAAAUGGAAAUAACUGAAAAUAUUAGCAAAGCAAACGAAACGAAAGCGGUUCAAGUUUUAGGCAAUUUAUAUGUAUACAUUUAAGGCAAAAUAAAUCAAUUUACAUUGUUUAAUAUAA